GGGCAAACGCCAAAUUAACCGAAGGAAAAAAAAAAUCUGGAUGUAGCCUAUCUUCAUCAACUGCCAGUUUCUCUGCAACACAGAAAAACAGAGAGAGUCAUUCUCUACCUGAAUAUUGUCCAAAGAAUCAUCGGAAAAUGCAAUUAGUAACAUUAGCAACCACUGGAAUUCAUUCUUCAAGAACCUCGUUUCUGGGUCGCCGGGAGCUCUGCUUUGAUGGCAUUUCAUCUCUCUGCAGCUGCUGCUCCGAGCAGGGUCCGGCAAUGGACGGCGCCGUGAGGAAUUCUUUCCCUGCGCAAUUUAAAAUUCCAGCUCCUCUGGCUGUCGAAAUUGAUAUGCAUGGCAAAAGUUUUGGCGGGUUUCUACGAAAAAGUAUCACUCCCACCACACGUCGGACAUUGAUCGCCGGUCUGUUUGCGUUCUUGGGUUAUCACCCUUCAAGCAUAUGGAUUGGGAGAUCCCUCUGUGACACUGGAACAAGUGACACCUCCUGUGGCUCCUCCAGGGCCACUUCUUCCUAAUGAGGUCUGCUUCCAUCCUUAUCAAUGUCUAGAGUGAUUAUUUCAAAAACGCUGUUCUGCCUACGCCUGUGAAUGAAAUUGCUGUACUUGCAGGCGAGACUUGUGCAGCUUUUUGAGGAAAAUACUUAUUCCGUUGUCAACAUAUUUGAUGUAACAUUGCGGCCCCAGCUUAAUUUAACCGGUGUGGUUGAGGUUCCUGAAGGGAAUGGUUCUGGAAUAGUUUGGGAUGGACUAGGGCACAUUGUGACAAAUUAUCACGUGAUUGGUAGUUCCCUUUCAAGAAACCCAAGCAUUGGACAGGUUGUUGCACGAGUCAACAUUCUUGCUUCAGAAGGAGUCCAAAAGAAUUUUGAAGGUAGGUUAGUUGGUGCAGAUCGUGCGAAGGAUCUUGCUGUUUUAAAGGUGGAAGCAUCUGAAGAUCUUUUGAGGCCAAUCAAAGUUGGGUCUUCCUCUUCCUUAAAAGUUGGCCAACUUUGCUUAGCAAUUGGAAAUCCAUUUGGUUUUGAUCACACACUCACUGUUGGGGUCAUUAGUGGACUUAAUCGAGACAUAUUUAGUCAAACUGGAGUUACUAUUGCUGGUGGAAUCCAAACAGAUGCUGCCAUCAAUCCUGGAAACAGUGGUGGCCCUUUGUUGGAUUCAAAAGGAAAUUUAAUUGGGAUUAAUACAGCAAUUUUUACUCAGACAGGAACCUCUGCUGGUGUUGGGUUUGCAAUUCCAUCCUCUACUGUAUCUAAGAUAGUACCUCAGCUUAUCCGAUAUGGCAAAGCUGUUCGAGCUGGUUUAAACAUUGAAAUUGCUCCAGACCUGGUUGCAAGUCAACUCAAUGUUCAAAAUGGAGCUCUUAUUUUGCAGGUCCCCAAAGACAGUGUUGCAGCCAAGGCGGGUCUUAUUCCUACAUCAAGGGGUUUUGCUGGGAAUAUUAUACUUGGCGAUGUAAUAGUGGCAGUGGACAACAAACCGGUUAAGAAUAAGUCUGAGCUAUCUAAAGUGUUCGAAGAUUACAAUAUUGGUGAUGAAGUUGUGUUGCAAAUACGAAGAGGAAGUGAGACAUUGGAGUUGCCGCUUAAACUAGAGCAGCAAAUGGUCUGAUCCCAUUUCAGCUAUUCUUUUUUGCUAGUAGCAUAGAGAUUGAUAUAGUAGGAAUGAAUUUCGGGUCAUCGGAGGUCAAUUUAAUACAAAUUCCUAUCACAAUGGCCAGUAAUUAAGUCUGAUUCCGAAAAUCCGAUGCUGAAACAGUAUAUAUUUUCGAAAUUUCCCGUCUUUAAGAAUUUUUCUUUUUCGUUCUUUUUUAAAAGUAAUUCGGAUUUUCGAAAACCCGAGGUUUUUUUUUUUUUUUUUGUCAAAGAUUCUUAUGUAAGCCAU